AUGACAAAGAAGUCCGCCACCAGACAAAUUUGGGGCUACACCAAUGAGUUCCACAUGUUCGACACAUUCGGUAAGAUAUUGACGUCAUCGCCCUAUUAUUUUGUGGCUCACGGAUACAUUAUCGCUCGAAACGAAAAGGAUAUCAAAGAAGCUAAAGAAAAGAAUGGAGGAGCUGUGCCUAUCGACGAAGAUCUUGCGCACAGGAAUACUGGGGACAAUGGAUGGAUCACGAAAGGCUCGUCUAUCAUGUCACCUUUAUCUACAAAGAUAAAGUCGCACGUCUACUCCAUAACCUAUCCAAAGACAUCUUCCAAGGAAAGCAGCAUCCCCAACGAGAACAUAGGAGUCGGCAUCACAAACCACAUACCCUUCAUAACACUCCUCGAGCAGCUCGUCAACUGCCCAGACUUUAGAGCAUGGAAAGUUGCACAUGUAGGCUUUCUCACAAGGGGUAAGGCUGAAAAGAGGAACAAACGCAAAGAAAAAGAUGGAGAUAUCGUAGACAUCGUUCGUGGGGAGUGGAAGUCCGAUGGUUACGGUCGGUGGGCUACUGCUGGAUGUAUGUAA